AUGACUGACAAUCUAGGAAAUACCCUAAUAAUACACCAACCGUCGACACCGACGUUUCAUAUCAAUGAGUUACCUCCAGAGAUUCUAGUAGAAAUAUUCGGACAUUUGGAAUUAACUCAAUUACCCCAAAUCCAAUUGGUGUGUAAAUACUGGGCAGGUAUUAUUUCUAAUCCUAGUAUUUGGGAACACCUGUUUAACACUAAAUUUGGUGCCUCAGAAGUAUUCCCUUCAUGGUCAGGGAGUAGCAGAUGGGUGGUUGAGUACCUCGCCCGGUCUUCGGGUUUGAAAAAGUGGAAGAAAGCACAAGGUGAACACACUAAUUAUCAAAUAUUGAAUGAGUUUGCUGAUAAUAUAACCUUAACCAAUUUCGUCGGUGAUAAACUAAUGGUUUACUCUAGGAUUGGUAACAGUGUGAAUAUCUGUGGCUUAAGAUGGGGUAAAACCCAGACAUUUGUCCCUGGGGAUAAUAAUCAUGUGACGUUGGCUGAUAUAAAUUGGAAUCAUCUCGUUUUUGCAACUCGAGAUAGCUUACAUGUAAAAAGUCUUGCUGGGGCCACGGUUAGCUCCAGUAGACUGUCUACCAAAGAAAUCAUACAACUAGGAGGAAUAAAGAGAGUUAAGGUACGAGAUAUAUGUGAUAAGUUUAAGGAUAAACCAGAUAUCAUCAUUUGCACUUCAGAUAAAGUAAUGAUCUUCAAUUUGAACGGGGAAACGAUCAAAGUAUUUGAAAUUGAAGAUAUCAUUGACUUUGGAACCGAUUUCAAACACAUCGUUGUUGUUUGUAACACAAAAAUUUUGAUUAUAAAAAUGGAAGAUUUUAGCAUUAAAGAGAUAGACCAUGAGGUUGGAGCUGAAGACGUCCAAGACAUAAAUUUUGACUUUGAUGAUGAUAAUUUGAUCAUACAUCAUUCUAAAGACGCUGUAGUAUUCAAUUAUCGAGAUGAAACUACUUCAACCAUCACAUUCCCUAUGGACGUUAAAUUUGGUAAAUUACAAAAUUCGAGAGGUAAACGAAAUCCCUUGUUAGUGGGUAAAGAUGGUUUGUUCUACGCCACAAUAUUGAUUGAUGAUACUAUAGUGAUAUGGAGCGUAAGGGACAGUCGAAAAAUCAUCACCAGAUUCAAAUCAGAGUUUAAAUAUAAGAAUUUGGGCUUGGGAGACACUAAUGAAGUUUGCAGUAUAGAAUUGAAUAGUGGAGUGGUUAUAGUAGGAGGAUAUAAUGGAUUUGCCAACGUUCACGAUUUAUUCACUGGGAAACAUCUUAGAGAAUGUUCAAUCAAGUUUCCUAAGAAGUAUACCCACAUGUACCAAUAUCGUAUACCGGUAAGGGAGAUCAAAGUCAAUGGUAACCAUAGUAAUGGGAUUAUUAUCUGUGGAGAUUUAAUCCAAUACUUCCAAUUUGGUGAAGAUACCAACAAAUCAUUAAAAUCCACCAAAAAGAAAAAGUUCAUUGCAGAGAACAGUUAUAAGAACAAUACCAAAAAAAUGAUUAAAGACCAACUUGAGGACUAUGAGAUCAAUGAAUAUCAUACGAAUCAAAUGCAUGAGAUCGUAGACAAGUACAAUGGACAAGGAGAUGGAGAAGAUGAUAUAGAGUUAGCUAUUGCUUUGAGCAAAAGUACUCUACAAGAUACCACUGGUGAAGAAGAAGAGGAUGAUGAAUUGCAAAGAGCUUUGGAAUUAUCCAAGAAUCAAGAAUCAUCCGAAGACUUCGAUGAACUUCUUAAAGAGACAUUACUUGCAUCAACCCAAAAUGAACUCCAUAAUCCACAUGAAUUUGACGAAAUCCAAACUGGUUCAAGUAAAGCUGAACCUGAUGAAGAUGAAGAAUUAAGGAGAGUAUUAGAAUUAUCAUUAUUAGAACAGUAA